UUGCAAGGGAUAAAAUACUGACCAUAGACGUUGUAUAUCAUAUCUAAUUAUAACUGAUCACCUUUGACAUUUCACGUAUCUGGUGAUAUCUGCCAUCCGUUGGAAUUGAUCUUCUAAAGCAAACAUCGAGAAGAAAACAUCUGAAAAUGAAGAUAAUUUUGUUUCUGAUUGUGGCAGUAUUCUCGGGAGAUCCGUCUGUUGAAGCCCGCAGAUGUGAGGGAAGACGUUUAUGUCACAAAGGGAGCCGUAUGGCUGCCCUCUGCUGUGGAUGUAAGCACUUCUUCAGCCACAACGGGCGAGACGAUGUCUCGCCAUACGCCGCAAUGCGCCAAGGGGCUUGCUUUGACGAAGACUGUAUCAAGUCGGGAUCUAUGUGUGACAAGUUGAGAAAUCGGGUCAACAAUCAAAACGACGAGGUUCAACAUAAAGAGCUGCCUGUUCCACAGAAGGCCGAGGAAAAGCAACAAGGCAAUGAAGCAGAUGGGCAAGAUAAAACCCAAAAGGAAGGACAGGCGGCACCUAAUACACCUAAUGAGGCGAAACAAGAGGAAGGAUCAAAGGAACGGGUGAAUGUAGGUCCUGGAGAAGGGCCAGUACGCCCAGCUGCACCAGAGGGCGCUGGGGACAGCGUUCAACAAGAUGGCGUACAACAGGCAGACCAGGCCCAAGUAGAUAACAAAGCAGCUGAAAAAGCAGCACAAGAUGCCAGAGCUGCCAGAAAAGCAGCACGCCUUGCUAAGAAAGCUGCCACUGCCAAGAAGAAAGCUGCCAAGAAACUGAGAAAGGCAAAGGCAAAAGCAGCAAAAAAAGCUGCAAAGAAACUAGCUAAAAAACAAGCAGCAGCGGCAAGAAAAGCCUCCAGGAAAUCCAAAAAAGCUGCACGAAAAGCCGAAAGGAGAGCUGCCAAGAAAGCAUAAGAUACAGUUGGUUAAGAAUAUAACAUAUCAGUUAAACACAAAUAACAUACAACAGUGAAGCUGUACCAGACUGAAUUUUCAUUCAUUUAGAAGAAUGAAGUACAACCAGAAACCUUUCUUGUUUUCUUUAUUAGUUUUCUUUUAUUUAUCUGUUGUGAAAUAUAAAAUGGC